UCAUCACAACCGGCAAAACAGAUCACUUGGCCACCUAAACCAUCAAUGGCCGUACCACUACCACAAAACCCUAAAUCACCGAUCUCGAAUUCCCAGAGACAAUCCAAGGGAAAGGAAGCCGAACGAUUGAUUGGAAGGAAUACGGAACCAAAGCCUAUCGAAUCUUUACAACCAGUGACCACCAAUAAUCCUCCACCAUCGACCUCAUCACAACCACCCAAACAGCCCACUAUACCAGCCAAGCCAUCACACCCAGCCCUUCCACAAAACCCUAAACGAUCUACCAAUUCAGCUAAAGGACACCCUAAGUUUAGUCCAUCUUGGUAUGCUGCGAUGAGACGUGAAAAGGAACGUAAUUCAAAUGUGAAAACUUCUGGAAACAAUGUUCAACAGAAAGAGUCAAGUUCAAGUAAUGGUAAAGCGAAUGCAAACGGUCAAGGUAAAGGUAAAGGUAAAGGAAAUGAAGUUGAAAACCAAACUAAUUUAGAGAGAAAAAAGAGAAGAUGAAGGAAAAGGAAAACAUAUCUAGUCAAAAGAAGAUUGAUUUGACAUUAUAAUAUAUCUCAACAAAGAAAUCUAGUAUUGUUACUUUUUUUUCCUUUUCUAGCUUUAUUUUUUUUGAAAUAAUUUUGUGUAUGUGAGAGCAAAGUAAAAGAAAAAGUUUUUCAUGAAUUUGUUUGCAAGAAUAUAAAAUAUGUGUGCGUGUUUUUUGGUCAUGGAAGUUUAAUGAAAUUCAGAGUAAAAAAAUAUCAAGUGUUUUAAUGUAUAGAUUUUGUUUUGGUAUUGUUGUUAAGGAAGAAGAAAUGUUUGAUUCUUU